AUGGCUUUGUGCAGGAGAUCGUUGUUUUUUCGCUCCGCGUACCGAAAACCUCUGCGAUUCGCCUGCCAAAGACGCAAGAACUCCUCUGGUCGAGAUAAAUUCUUCCGCAUAUCGGAAGAAGUUCAGGAUGCCCUUGCAACUGGCAAGCCAGUCGUUGCACUGGAGACUACGAUUUACACGCAUGGGUUCCCCUACCCUGAAAACGUUGCCCUAUCCUCCCACCUGGAAUCCCUAGUCCGUGUCAACGGCGGCGUGCCCGCAACCAUCGGCAUCCUCGAAGGCAAGGCUUGUGUUGGCAUAGCUGCUGAAGAACUCAUACAACUUGUGUCCACCGCCGGCAGUGAGAACACGUGGAAGAUAUCAAGACGGGAUCUGGGUUUCAUCGGGGGUCUAGGGCUUCGAGGUCAAAAGCUCAAUGGUGGCACAACCAUCGCUGGGACAAUGGUCCUUGCAUAUUUAGCGGGCAUCAAGGUCUUCGCAACAGGUGGCCUGGGAGGUGUUCAUCGUGGAGGGGAGAAUUCUAUGGACAUUUCCGCAGACUUGACAGAACUUGGGCGAACGCCUGUAGCGGUGAUUUCAAGCGGUUGUAAGAGCUUCUUGGAUAUCCCGCGCACGUUGGAAUAUCUUGAGACGCAGGGGGUGGGCGUGGGCACCUUUGCGGAUGGCAGACAAGGAGAUGUCGACUUUCCCGCCUUCUUCUCCCGUGACAGCGGUGUCAAAAGCCCCAAGACAAUUCAGGACGAGGCUGAUGCCGCAGCUAUUAUCUAUGCACAAUACGGGUUUCCCGUCCAUUCUGGAUUGCUUUUUGCCAAUCCGGUCCCAGAAAACUCGGCAAUGGCAAAGGAAGAGAUCGAUUCAAUUAUUACUCAAGCAGUCGCCGAAGCCGAGCAGAAAGGCAUUGGUGGGAGUGCCAACACUCCCUACAUCUUGAAGCGGAUUCGGGAACUAAGCAACGGAGGGAGUGUGCGGGCGAAUGAGGCCUUGAUUGAGGCGAAUGUCGUCCGCGGGACUAAAGUCGCCGUCGAACUGGCGAAGCUUGAGAGACGGCGUGGAGCUGCGCCUCAGCGCAAGGUCAUCCGGGGUGGGAACUUAGCCACACCUACAAUGAGCACUCAAAGUGCUCCGAAUAGCCUAGCGGAACCGGUACACAGGUCUGUUGAACAGUCCUUUCAGCCGGUGGAAAUACUUGUCGCCGGAUCGCUCGCAAGUGAUACAGUGUGUGACCAUCGGCCGUUCAAAAUCACACCGGACUCAACCACUCCAACGCUUCACACUUCGAAUCCGUCCACCAUUUCUCAGUCACCCGGCGGGGUCGGCCGUAAUGUUGCCAUGGCCGCCCAUCUGGCAGGUGCAAGAGUCACACUGGCGAGUGUGGUGGCGGACGAUCCGGCCGGGGCAUCUCUUCUCGAUCAUGUUGAGAACAGCGGUCUUGGGACGACGGCUAUACGACGGCUUUCUACUAAUGACGGUGCGCGAACAGCACAGUAUGUCGCCGUCAAUGACACAAACAAAGAUCUCAUGGUUGCGAUGGCAGAUAUGUCAAUAUUUGCUCUCCCGGAACUCGAAUCGCCAGACUAUUGGAUGGCAAAGAUGGAUGAAAGCAAGCCGAAGUGGGUGGUUGUCGACGCAAACUGGUCUCCGCCCAUUCUUUCGUCUAUCUUGAAGGCUGCGAAAGCCCACCAGGCUUUUGUUGCGUUCGAACCUGUUUCUGUUGCAAAGGCUGCUCGUCUUUUCCACAAGGACAACUCUGCCAUCAUCAACGCUAACGUAGCGCCAAAUCAUGUUGUUAGCCUUGCGUCUCCGAACAGGCUCGAGUUAACAGCAAUCUACAACUCGGCCAGAAACGCGCUGAUGUUUGAAUCAGAGCAGUGGUGGAACACAAUCGACAGCCUUGGUCUCUCUGGCACGAGUUCUCGGGAUCGAUUGAUCUCUGUCGCGGGUCAUGAGUUAGUCGAACAUGGGAUCCCACAACAAUGUAUCCAGCUUCUUCCAUUUAUCCCAAAUCUGGUGACAAAGCUCGGACAUCGAGGGUGUCUCUUGGCUUGCCUGCUGCGGCGUGGGGAUCCGAGACUCACACAGCCAGAGAACGCCCCAUAUGUGCUGUCGAGAAAUUUGUCCCAUGAGCCUGAGAUAGGUGGCUUGUAUAUGCGGUUGAUUCCACCAUUCGUUGAAGUCGAACAGAACGAAAUAGUGUCUGUCAAUGGCAUUGGUGACACAAUGUUGGGUGUUAUCGUCGCAGGCCUUGCUAAGGGUCGCACGCUUGAGGAGGUGCUGCCUAUUGCACAACAGGCAGCGGUCCUCUCCCUGAAGUCUGCAGAGGCUGUAUCACCCCAUGUCCGGAAUGUGCAGGCAAGGCUCAGGUGA